AGCACUUUCCAGCUGCAAAUUCUAAGUCUCAUCCUGACUGGUCAAUCUCCCUUUUCUCCUUCUUCUUCUUCUUCCUUUCCCACUUCUCUCUGUAUAUAUAUAAUCAUCCAUUUCUCUUCCAUUCCAUUUCAUCUUUAUCUCUUCUUCUUCUUCUUCUUAAAUCUCCACAUCAAAAUCCCACAUUCCCAAUUCUAUCUGUUCAUCACCAAAAAUGAGACCUCACGAACCUUAUUCUGAGAAUAAUUCCGACGCGGAGAGCGUCGCCAGCGUCAGAAGGGGUGAUCGGAGAGCCUUCAGCGGUCCAAUUUCUUCCUCCACAAAGCAAAGGAAGAAUGCUAAAUUCGACCUCUCUUCUUCUUCUUCCUCUCCCAAGGCUGCCGAUGACGACGACACCUAUGUUGAAAUCACCCUCGAUAUUCGCGAUGACUCUGUCGCCGUCCACAGUGUUCACACCGCCGGCGCCGGCCAAGAUCCCGACGCUCUUGAAGACCCUGAACUUUCCCUUCUCGCCAAAAGAACUCUCGAGAAGAAAUCUUCCUCUUUCCGAGCCUCUGUUCUUCGUUCCACUUCUUCUCGUAUCAAACAGGUCUCUCAGGAGCUUAAACGAUUCACCUCGCUCAACCGCCGCACCUCCACUCGCCGCUUCGAUCGGACUAAAUCUGCAGCCACCCACGCUCUUAAAGGGCUUAAGUUCAUCGCUGCCAAAACCGGCGGUGGUGGAACCUCCGCCGCUUGGGCUCCGGUUGAGAAGCGGUUCGAUGAACUCACCGCCUCCACCAACGGCCUCCUCCCUUCCUCCUUGUUCGGAGAAUGCAUUGGAAUGAACAAAGAUUCGAAAGAAUUCGCCGGUGAGCUUUUCCGUGCACUUGCUCGUAGGCGCAACAUUACCGGUGAUUCCAUCAACAAAGCUCAACUCAAAGAGUUCUGGGAUCAGAUCUCCGAUGACAGCUUCGAUUCCAGGCUACAAACUUUCUUUGACAUGGUGGAUACGGACGCAGAUGGAAGAAUCACAGAAGAAGAAGUCGAAGAGAUUAUUAGCAUGAGUGCUUCUGCUAACAAGCUAUCCACAAUUCAAAAACAAGCAAAAGAAUACGCCGCCUUGAUCAUGGAAGAACUCGACCCAGGAAAUGCAGGAUACAUCAUGAUACACAAUCUGGAAACUCUGUUAUUACAAGCUCCAAAUCAAUCAGUGAGGGUGAGUGACAGUCGAGUUUUAAGUCAAUUACUAAGCCAAAAGCUGAAGGUAACAAACGAAAGCAACCCCAUCGUAAGAACAUACGACAAAUUCCAGUACUUUGUAGAAGACAAUUGGCAGAGGAUUUGGGUGUUAAUGCUGUGGCUCGGCAUCUGCGGCGGUCUCUUCGCUUACAAAUUCAUCCAAUACCGUCACAGAGAGGUGUUCAACGUAAUGGGUUACUGCGUUUCAAUCGCUAAAGGAGGAGCCGAAACUCUAAAAUUCAACAUGGCUCUAAUUCUGCUCCCUGUUUGUCGUAACACCAUCACUUGGCUUCGUAACAAAACCAAAUUAGGCGUCGUCGUUCCCUUCGAUGACAAUCUCAAUUUCCACAAGGUUAUUGCAGUGGGAAUUUCUGUAGGAGUGGGGUUGCAUGCAAUCGCUCAUUUGACAUGCGAUUUUCCUCGGCUUCUCCAUGCAACAGAGGAACAAUACGAGCCACUGAAGCCAUUCUUUGGCGAGGAGCAGCCUGAUAACUAUUGGUGGUUUGUUAAAGGAGUGGAGGGCGUUACAGGGAUUAUAAUGGUUGUAUUAAUGGCCAUUGCUUUCACAUUAGCCACUCCAUGGUUUAGAAGAAACAAGCUCAAUGUACCUAAACCCUUCAAAAAGCUAACUGGGUUCAAUGCCUUUUGGUACUCCCACCAUCUCUUCGUUGCCGUCUACGCCCUCCUCGUCGUCCACGGCAUCUAUCUUUACCUAACGAAAGAAUGGUAUAAGAAAACGACGUGGAUGUAUUUGGCGGUACCAGUUGUUCUUUACGCAUGCGAAAGGUUGAUAAGGGCAUUCAGAUCAGGGAUCAAGCCAGUGAAGAUCCUUAAGGUGGCUGUUUAUCCUGGAAACGUUCUGGCAUUGCACAUGUCUAAGCCACAUGGUUUCAAAUACAAGAGUGGGCAAUACAUGUUUGUUAACUGCAGAGACGUAUCCCCAUUCGAGUGGCAUCCAUUUUCAAUAACUUCAGCCCCAGAAGAUAAUUAUUUGAGUGUUCAUAUUCGAACACUUGGUGAUUGGACAAGGCAACUCAAGAAUGUUUUCUCAGAAGUUUGUGCACCUCCUCAAGCUGGAAAAAGUGGACUUCUCAGAGCUGAAUUUUUGCAAGGAGGAGCUCCUAAUCCUAAGUUCCCGAAAAUAUUGAUCGACGGUCCAUACGGGGCACCAGCACAAGACUACAAGAAAUACGACGUGGUAUUACUAGUAGGGUUAGGAAUUGGGGCUACACCAAUGGUGAGUAUAGUGAAAGACAUAAUCGACAAUAUAGAGGAGAAAGAAGCAGAAGCAAAUGCAGUAGAGAAUGGGCAACAAGGGCAUAGCAAUCGAGGUGGGAGCAAGCACGGGAAAGGGUUCCGAACUCGAAAGGCAUACUUUUACUGGGUGACGCGAGAGCAAGGGUCAUUCGAAUGGUUUAAAGGGAUAAUGAACGAGGUAGCGGAAAUGGACGAGAGAGGGGUGAUCGAGUUACACAACUAUUGCACGAGUGUGUACGAAGAAGGGGAUGCUAGGUCUGCGUUGAUAGCAAUGCUUCAGUCGUUGCAACAUGCUAAGAGUGGAGUGGAUGUGGUAUCAGGGACUAGAGUAAAGUCACAUUUUGCUAAGCCAAAUUGGAGACAAGUUUAUAAAAAGAUAACUCUUCAUCAUCCUGAUACUCGAGUUGGGGUGUUUUACUGUGGGGCUCCAGCACUCACUAAGGAGCUUAGCCAAUUGGCUUCGGAUUUCUCUCGUAAAACAUCCACUAAGUUCGAGUUUCACAAAGAGAACUUCUAAUUGGAUUUGAAAUCAGAUCAGUUUUAUAAUAUGAAUGGCAAGGUCAAUGAUGUUGGUGAUGGUUGACACAUACCGCACUAAACCCUAAACCAACCACCCAACCCCAUUCAUUACAUGCCCAUUACCGCAGCCGCCGCGUUUGCCCACAUUUAAUUUUUUCUUUUUUCCUCUCUUAUGUAGCUUUUUUUUUUUUUUUUAAUUUUUUGCCAACUAUAAAUACAUAAACUUACUGUAAACAUGUAAUUCCAAUCCUAUUUCUUCCAAGAAAUCUAAGCUUUUUUUCCUUCUUUCAUUUAUUCUA